UACUUUCAUUCCAUGUCUGGACGCGACGGAAAGUAGAAGUGUUUCGAAUUCGCUGCGCAGUGAUUGUCCAAUGGAGUUUUCCUCCAUCCCACCCGCAGCAGAUGUGUGGGCUGUGUCAGUGGGCAGACGAACAGGAUCAGCACCGCGCCAUAGGACUCUAGUCAGGAAAGCCGUUGUUACGAAACACACGUAGGAUGUGAAUUGAUGCUGCGCUUGAACUUUCAGUGAAUGGAUAAUAAUUUAAUCCAACAAAAAAGAUUGAAUUGUUUGCUUGUGGAAAUGCUUACCUACCGAGUAAGGGAAUAUACAUAUGAAAUGAGGAUAUUAUGUGGACGUUAAUGUAUCCGGAACAUCUCAACUUGAAUUACUAACAGUCAGUAGUAAAGAAUUAGUAUAACAGUUCCAAGUAACAACAUCAAUGAAGUACAUGUGACCAAAUCACUAUAUGAUAGCGUCAAUAGUCCAGCUCACGUUUUCCUCACACGAUUUGUCGUACGGAAAAUGUGACCUGCCCAGUUACAUAGCAUAGUGUGACUAGGAGCAUAUUAGUGAGUGAGCUGAACCUAGUUGAAUGAAAGUAGUGCCAACACGUGAAAAUGAGGGAUAUGACGCUGUGUGAAUUGUUCAAUGAAAAAAAGGAAAGGAUGGUGUCAUAAAAAGGAUUACACACCUUGCGAAUUGUGUGGCAGAGCGUGGUGUCUGAUUAUGCUACUCUGUCGUAUGGUGUUCGGAAAAAUCGAAUGAGUCGAUCUCCUUAUAUACCUGUAUCAAUUAGUCUACCAGGAAGGAUUUUCAGUUUCAGUAGUUCUGCAUUUAUUGUGUAUGCUGAGUAUUGGCUGCGAAUUCAUUUGAAUCGAAUCGGUAAUUGUAUCACACUUGGAUGGGUUUCCAAGCACAUGCUUGAACACAUUUCGCCGAUAUUGCUUCAUUUGGAAAUGUCACCGAUAGUAUUCCUGGAUGAGUAACAUCUCCCGUAGAGAGACUCCCCCGUCCAAACAGCAUUAUACCACUCAACGCAACGUCAGCCGCAGAGUACCACAUGUACAUGACGUAUAGCUGAACAUUGGCAUUGAUUUCACGUGUACACAGCAUGGAAUGGCUGCUUGAAGGCCCUCAGAUCCAGAGCACCUUCGGUUCACUGGGUUCGUACAUCGAUGGUGUUUACCACAUUAAUGAUAAUUGCCAGGAGACUUUGUAUGAAAUCAUUCUAAAGCUUACCGUUGAAGAUGUCUACCUCAGGACUUUCCGGAGGGCCAUCGGAUUUGGACAGAAUGUCAAAAAUGACACCGUGCCUCUAUUGAUCCAUGCUAGAGAUUCUAAAAUCAUCGACACUAACAUUCGGCUGUUAGUCAACUUGACCGUUCCCGUGGAAUGUUUGCUUCCGGUGGAAUCUGUUUCAACAACUGAAAUAGGAAGACUAACCGUAUUCGAGUUGAAUAAGUUGCUGGUAACUAGUAAAGAGGUGUUUGCGGAUUUAAAGGCGACAAAAGCGGUUAUUGAUUUUAUGAAGUGGAUACUGGAGACCGAUGGAAAGCUGACAAAUAAUAACUGUAACAGUAUAAACAACUGUUUGCUUUUGUUAAGAAAUAUUUUACAUGUUCCUGAGGGAAACCAAAACCAAAUUAUCUGGAAUCUGUUCACGCAAAGUUUGGACAAGUUGUUAUUGUACCUGAUGUCCUGUCCUCAGCGUGCCUAUUGGGCUGUAACAGUAGCCCAGUUGAUAGCACUUUUAUUCAAAGACCAGCAUGUUGGUACCUUGCAGAAGCUCUUGAACAUCUGGCUCGAAACUACUUCGUCGGAAAGCUGCGAGGAUAACGAAAGCAACACGUCGCCUACGAAACGAUGGAUUGAGGGGUCAAGCUCAAUGCUUACCUCCGAUUCGUCUGACUAUGGAAGUGCCAUUAUGCCGACUUUGAAUAAAAAUGUUAAAGAUGCUGCCAAAUCAACGAACUGUAAUGAGGGAGCUAAUUGCUACAUCAUACAUUCGCUUGAUCAAGAGACACCAUUAAUCGAUAAAAGUGAAUUUAAGACCAAAUCUCUGUGUACUAACAUAAUCAAUCAAAUACAUAGUGUUCAAUCAUCAUCGCAAAUACACCACGCACAUAAUUCCGACUCGUGUAUUGCUUCUACGAUUAGAACGCAAUCGUCUUCUAAAUGUAAUCCACUAAUAGGCUCAAAACAGCCGAUUGAAAUUUCAUCCAACCAACGAUUUAAAAAUCAAAAUACGAUGUCACUUUCUAAGAACUCCGACUGUGGCUAUGGAACACAGGGGAUCUCAACAUCCAGCAGCGAAGAGGACACAGCGAACUGUAAACCGGUACACCAGAAACCUCCUCCGAAUCAAAAGCAACGAUUGAACGCUGCCAACAAACAGCACCAUCCGAUGUUAAUUCAGGAGAUAAAAGAACAACGUAGAAAAAAAUUGGUGAAACGUAACAAGAGCAACAUUGCUAAUAUGAAAGAGUUAAUACACCCUACGAAUGACGACAUAUCCAACUUAUUGAAAGAGUUCACCGUCGAUUUUCUCGUCAAAGGGUACAGCCACUUGAUACAAGAGCUUCAUGGUUUGCUCCUAACGGAUAGGCAAAUACAAAUCGAUACAUCGCAUUUCUUCUGGUUGUUGACGUACUUUCUCAAGUUUGCCACCCAGUUGGAACUAGACUUGGAGAAUAUCAGCAGCGUGCUCUCUUUUGACAUUAUCAGUUAUUUGACGUACGAGGGUGUGAUGUUAUGCGAGCAGCUAGAACAACAAAGUGGUGAGAGCCCCGCCGACACUAAACCGUGUCUUAGAAGGAUCCAUCUGGUUGUAACUGCAAUACGAGAAUUUUUACAAGCGCUGGAUACUUAUAAACAGAGCACUUAUUUAUCAAUGGAAGAAAAUCAACAGUUGCGCACACUGCAGCAUCAGAUCAGCAGGUCCGAAAAUUUGAAAUGUCUGUUUGUACUGUUGUUGAGAUGCUACAAUUCAGAACUGCAAAGUAGACAGUACCUGCAGGAUUUGAUAGUGACCAACCAUUAUCUCAUGUUACUGUUAAAUGAUUCGAAUGUUAGUCCGGGUACGCGCCGUGGUGGCUUUGAGGAUCACUUGAAAGAAUUUGCGACGGCAGACAUAAUGCAUCGGUAUGGAUUGCUGCUGGAAAGUUUUCAAAGUAAUGGAGCAUUCGUGAACGAUUGCAUCUUCACAAUGAUGCACCACGUGGGCGGUGAUCUCGAGCAAAUUAACAUGCUAUUUCAGUCUGAUAUAUUGAAAACUUUCUCGCAGGUUUGGGAAACCAAGCACGAAAUAUGCGAUGAUUGGUCAGAUUUGAUCGAGUAUGUAAUCCACGAGUUCAUGAGCGCUCAACACCCCAACGCAGAUAAAGCUACUAGCUGGUUGCUAGAGUCAAGUAGUCAAGAUUCGAGUGGUGAUCGGUUGGACACGUGGACACAGGAAGAGAAAGAUUGUCUCCACUGGUACUACUUCCAGUGCAAACGUAGCAAAUUUUUUGUAGCGGAUAUUCUGAAACUUUUCCAAGAAAAUGGGAAUUAUCAGAAGAAUCGAAUUUCGAUAAUCGAACAACUGCGGAAGCUGGACGUUAUUUCAUUGGAUCAAUAUAAUGAACUUAUGAAAUCAGAAGAUUCGAAUCAUUUCCCCAAUAAAAAUGGAUACAGAAUUUUGCCAAACACUUCAGAUGACAUAAAGGAUAUUCUCAAUCGGAUGCGAAAAGAACAUAAAGAAAUCAUGAUUCUGUGGUUGCAAAGGGCUCUGCUGGAAUGUUGCUUUGUCAAGCUAAGUUUACUCGAGGGUAACGCCACUGCUGCGGAGCGUGACAGCAAUGUCCUCAUGGAACCUAUGCCAUACAACUGCAUUUUGAAAAAGAAGUCUAUCCCGGUAGUACCUUGGAACAGGGAACAGUCAACUUUUUUGACAUACCAACCCUUCGUAACCCUGUUGCACAAGCUCGGAUUUCUCCUGCCGGACAAUGUCAAAAAAAUCUAUGUUCGAAUCCCGAAGUUCUGGACUGUUGAUAUUCUAUAUAGCAUUGCUCAGAUACUCGGACCGCUUGAAAAUAGCAUGGAUAAAUUUAAGUUGGAUCAUCUCAAAAAGCUUUUUGCGAAGCAUGCUAAUGGUAAUAUAUGUUCAAACGUGGAUAAGAUCUAAAAACUAAGAAACAUAUAACCACCGCUUUUCCGAUUGAAGAUAUCAUUAGAAAAUUUGAUGUACUAGUUGUGGAAGUAGAACCAGAUUUAUGUACACGAUAUCGUCUGUUAAAAUAUAUUAUUCGAAGCUGCA